AUGCCUGCACCAGUGUUCGACAAAAAUCCUUCCCUUAAAUAUCUUGGACUUGCAGAGAGUUUUGAACCAUCUCCAGAGCGCGAUCCGAUUGCAUUUCUUAGUCAAUAUCUAACUCAUCUACCUCCGCAUCUUUUACUGCAUUAUAGUUACAUCACCACCCCCAAGCAGCGAUCUGUGAUAACAUCCAUUCGAAACAGACGAUUGCAAUAUGUCAAUAAGAACCCGCCUGAGUUGAGUUUUGAUGCAGGACGAAGCACGUGGCCAAAUCUCUGGCAAGGGCGUGAACGUCGCGGAGUAGAAGAAGGCAACGAGGAACGAUCUUGGGCGCAAAAAGACUUUUUGCACGGCAGCAAACAACACGUUGGAAAACUAGGGAACCUGCUGGCUGGAUAUGAGGAAGAACGGGAGGCGGAGCGCGUGCGUGAGAUACGAAGGAACAACAGAGAUGCUGUCGAGGAUGACUUUGUGCCCGAGGAAGACAGCGACGAGGACGUGCCCCCUGAAGUAGAAACGGCAGAACAAGCGAGGGCGUCGUUUGAGCGAUUGCUGCGGGAGAGCUUCAUACAUGGGCUUUUGGAUAACAUCGACUACGACGGUGUAGACUGGGACGAGACACUGGACGUGGAAGACGAGAGAGAUGCGGAAGAACGCUGGUUUGAGGAGGACUGA